CACAAGUCACAAGACCUACUGCAAAUGAUUGAUUGUUAUCGCAACGAAAUGAACCGAAUUUUGAGUGUGAUUGUAAACAUUGAAGACCAUUACAUCUAUUUUGUUUAAUAUUUAACAGUUUUGAUUAUUAAUUCUUUUUAGCUCUGUAGAUAACACAUUUAUAUUGGUUUCAUAGAAUGUGUCAUAUCAAAAUUUGAUGCAAAUUAUUUGAUAGGGUCUUUGUACAGUACUGUACUGAUAAGUGAAAGGCGGAUCUAUUGUACAUAAAUUUAUGAAUGAUUGUAUGCAGUAUGAGAAGGACAUUUAAAAAAUCUUUAUUAAGAGGUUAUAAUAUGAAAUGGUUAGACCAUUAAAGGAUAUAUCUAAGUUAUUGGUAAAGCAGAGUUUCAAUCCUAACAACUUGAUACUAUGGAUGAUGAUGGAAAAAUCACUGACAGUCGGCAACCAUCACAUGAGCAUAACUUGCAUGAGUCACCCAGCCAUCACCAUCAUCACCAUAUAAGUCAUGUCCGAGACAACCAGCAUGCCUCGACUGCAAAACACCAUAGUUCACACACUGCUAGUAUGGAUGUGAUGCCUCCAAAUGGUGAACUCAGACGCAGAUCUGCUGUUGACAAAUAUGAGCAAUCAGGAACUCAUUCUCUGACUGAAUCAAUACCUGAAGGUGAUUUUGAAGUGAUCACCCCAGAAAACGCUAUUGAGGCUCAUCGUAUGGUCAACAAUUACAAGUUUGGUUUCAAGAAGUGGAAGAGCCAUGUGACGGCACGUCCGUUGUCGGAACGUUCCAAUGUUGUACAGGACCUGUAUGCAGACAUUGCAGCUGCUAAGCCAGUCAGAGUGAGCACACUUCGGCCCACAAACGUGCUGUAUAUAGUAUUUGUGGGAUGGUGGAUGUUCCUCAUCUAUCUUCUCAUGGCCUUGCUGAUGACCAUCUCUGUCAUUGGCUAUCCUUAUGCUUCUUACUGUAUAAAGAUGGGUACAUUCUUCCUAUGGCCAUUUGGAAAAUUUGUGUACUUGAGUCAUAAAUCGGUGCCAAUAACAACGGUAGAAUCUCAUCAAUUUGAGGUGUCAACAGAGAAUAUGCACGAGGGGACCAGUCUGAUUACCCCCACCAUCAAACACAGACAACCUAUCUGCAGUAGAAACUUUUGGGGUCGAUUGCGUACUUAUCCCUGGCUGAUACUCUGUGCCCCAAUACUUCUAGUGAUCCAUGUCAUUGUCAUGGCAAUAUCCUGGUUCUUCGUGGUUACCAUUCCCAUUGCAAAGGUGAACUUGAAGAUGGUCAGUUAUGUGAUGUGGCUGCCCCCUGACCAGGUCAGCAUCGGAGACUCGGGAUUCACCUCAAUGGAACCGGAGCGUCUUCAGAGUGAGAUCAUCAUGUACACUCACCAGUCUAUCAAUAUCUACUACUACAAGUACACCAUAGACGGCAUGAACAUAAUCUUAGUCAAUCUGUUAGUGUUUGUGCUGCUCUCUAUUGCUAUUGGAUAUUUUGAUGUAGACGCUGAUGGUGCUACUAAAUGUAUGUUGGCUGUUUUAGCUAUAGUGCCAUUGACUUACUACAUUGGAAUGGCAAUUAUAAGCAUAUCUGCCCAGAGUAGUUUUGCUAUCGGAGCAGUACUGAAUGCGACAUUUGGUUCCCUGGUUGAACUGAUCCUAUAUAUUGUAAGCCUUCAAAAAGGGAAACGGUCGGAUGGGACAUUUGAUCCGUGUUAUGCGGAGCUGGUCAAGUCUGGCCUCGCUGGAACGCUCAUUGGAUGUGUGCUGCUUAUUCCGGGAAUUUGUAUGAUUGUCGGUGGUAUCAGGUACAGAUCACAGCGGUUCAACCCGAAAUCUGCCAGCGUCACAGCUCUUCUUCUCUUUGUUUCCAUUGGAGGUGUGUUUGCGCCGACGCUGUUUUCCAAGAUAUUUGGGGAUCUCCAGUGUGACAAGUGUGAGGUAAAUGUAACGAACCGAGCCAACCUCACAGAAGGUCUUCAAUGUACUGGCUGUUCACAGUCUAUAGCGGGACUGGAUGGUGAUGACACGCUGUUUAACAAGCACAUCCAGCCUCUGGUGUAUGCAGUGGCCCUCAUCCUUCCGAUAACGUAUAUUACGGGCGUGGUGUUCACCCUGAAGACCCACACUUCUUAUGUGUACGAUGAUUUUUACCAACAACUUAUUGAGGAGGAUAACAGCCCAGACCACCAUGGAGCCCCCCAGUGGUCGAGGCUGAAGAGCAUCGCGAUUCUCAUGGCCUGUGCCACGCUGAUUGCUCUGUGUGCUGAACUCAUAGCGGACAAUAUACAGGAACUCCUAGAAGCUUCAGGGGUCUCACAGUAUUUCAUUGGUGUGACCAUGAUAGCCAUGAUUCCUGAGUUACCUGAGAUUGUCAACGGUAUACAGUUUGCUCUGCAGAACAAUGUUAACCUCGGCUUAGAGAUAGGAACCAACACUGCGAUACAAGUGUGUUUGAUCCAAGUCCCCCUGCUGGUGCUUGUUAAUCUCAUCUAUCCGUUUAAUUUUGUCCUUGUCUUCAAUGAUGUUCACCUGUGGGCCGUGAUCUUCUCAGUGAUAGUCAUAAACUACAUCUUCCAGGAUGGCAAAACAGACUACUUCCAGGGCGUUGUCUUGUGUGCCAUUUACAUCAUCUUGCUGUGUAUGUACUACUUUACGCCCACUCCUGAGGCUGCCAAGUGCUGAGCAAAUGUUGUGGCCUGCUGGUUUUGUUAACUGGCACAAGGACAUUUGGUAUCUACAGUCCCUGACUGCCACAUUGUCUUCGGAAGCUCCAGAGCAUGCUAUAACUGCUUUGUUUCGGGGACUUUUAGGACAUUGUACUGGAUGCUGAAUGAAUUCAUUUGCUGUAGGGGCUUCCUGUUGUUAAGAGAUUAAAGAAAAUGUAUGUGCUGUUUUUGGCAUUUUGAAAGUGGCUCUGCUGAUACUGAUAUUUUAAUCUGAGUCCAAGAUACUGAGUGGUAUCUGGAAAUCAUGUUUUUGAACAAUGUGCCAGUUAUGUAUCAUUUAUUUAUGUUAAUAAUGUCUAUGUUAUGUUGUUUAGAGAGUUAAGGACUUUAAAUUUUACCUUUAUUCAACAUUAAGAGCAGCAUGAAGUAUGAAGUUUAAGACUGACACCCACUGUAAUGUGUCAUGUGUUAAAGACAAAAUAGUUGCCAGAAGGUACCAAAACCUUCUAUAUGUUAAUGUAUAUGUUAAUGUUGCUUGGUAGCUGCUGCCAUAAACCACGCCAUUUAUAAUGCACCACCUGCCUGCACUGAGCCACCUUAUUGAACUGUUCAUCCUCUGUUAACUUACUGUUUGACAUAUUGCAACAAGAUGUCUCCCUCUUUUAUGGGGAUACAUAUUAUUUUUGCCCUGUUUGUCAGUCAGUCAGAACGUCACACUUCGUUUUCGCUCAUUAACUAUAGAACUCUUAGACCCAGGAACUUCAUACUUGGUGAGUAUGUUCGUCAUGACCAGUAGAUGACCCCUAUUAAUUUUGAGAUCUGUAGGUCAAGGUGACCUUGAUGUGAAUAAACGGUUUUCACUCAAUAACUAAAAAUCGUUUUGGCCCAGGAACUUAAUACUUGAUAUGCGAGUUGGUCAUGACUAGUUGAUGACCCCUAUUGUUUUUAGAUCAGUAGGUCAAAAGGUCAAGGUAGCCUUUGGGUGAACAACUAUGUUGGUGGUGACCUUACAGUUAAAAACUGGUUUCCGCUCAAUGCUUCGCUCAGGAACUUCAUUCUUGGUAUGCCAGUUGGUAAUGACUACUACUAAUAUUGAAAUCAGUAGGUCAAAUGUCAAGGUCAGGGAAAAGGGUACCAGAGAGUACCAAAACCUUCUAUAUGUUAAAUGUUGCUUGGUAGAUGCUGCCAUAAACCACGCCAAUUAUAAUGCUCUACCAGCCUGCACUGAGCCCCCUUACUGAACUGCAAUGAUAACUGACCACCGAAAAUGUGUGUUUGUGUUGUAUGUUGUCCAUUAAUUGCAAUGGUUUGUGAAUUAAAAUCUGUGAUAACAAAAUGACCACUCACUUUCUAUUUCAAUUUCAAAUUUUAAUUAUCUGUUCAUUGUAAGUUUAUAUGAUGAUAUUAAGCAUUAUUUUAUACAUGUCCGGGUAAGUUUUUUUAUUCAAGGUUUUUUUUUAAUAUAUUUUAAACGUUGUUAAUGAUGUUAACCCAUGUUGGAUGUUUGACAUUACCAUGUGUUUAAAUAUUCAAACGUUAGUUAGUACAUAUAUGUAUGUUACAUUUUUAUAUCUUAUUCAUAAUACAAUGCUGUAAAUAAUUUGCAAUAAAGCUUUAAGGA